GCAGGAAUAUUUCAGAAGGACAUCUAAUGUUAUCCCCGGAUUGUGACAUAAAAGAUAAUGACAGUAGACAGGAUUCUCCAGGAGAUAACCCCAUUACCCUAAUUAUACAUCCAGCUCUAUCAGCUGAUCCCUCUGAUCCUGGGAAAUGUUCUCCUGAUCACUCUGAUAUUGGAGCAUUUGUUACAGCUCUGAGAUUAGAUACAGUGUUUCCCUGUUCUAUAGAUGCCAAAUGUUUUACACAGAACACAAAGCUUAUUACCCAUCAUCCAGCUAAGGCAGGUGAGAGGCCACUGAUAUGUUCUGAGUGUGGGAAAUGUUUUACAAAGAAAUCAGCUCUUGUUACACAUCAGAGAAGUCACUCAGGUGAGAGGCCGUAUUCCUGUUCUGAGUGUGGGAAAUGUUUUACACAGAAAUCAUCUCUUGUUACACAUCAGAGAAGUCACACAGGUGAGACGCCGUGUUCCUGUUCUGAGUGUGGGAAAUGUUUUGCAUGGAAAUCAGAUCUUGUUACACAUCAGAGAAGUCACACAGGUGAGAAGCCAUUUUCAUGUUCUGAGUGUGGGAAAUGUUUUGCAUUUAAAUCAGUUCUUGUUAAACAUCAGAAAAGUCACUCAGGUGAGAAGCCGUUUUCCUGUUCUGAGUGUGGGAAAUGUUUUACACAGAAAUCAGCUCUUGUUACACAUCAGAGAAGUCACACAGGUGAGAAGCCGUUUUCCUGUUCUGAGUGUGGGAAAUGUUUUGCAUGGAAAUCAGAUCUUGUUACACAUCAGAGAAGUCACACAGGUGAGAAGCCAUUUUCAUGUUCUGAGUGUGGGAAAUGUUUCGCAUUUAAAUCAGUUCUUGUUAAACAUCAGAGAAGUCACACAGGUGAGAAGCCGUUUUCCUGUUCUGAGUGUGGGAAAUGUUUUGCAUGGAAAUCACAUCUUGUUACACAUCAGAGAAGUCAUACAGGUGAGAAGCCGUUUUCCUGUUCUGAGUGUGGGAAAUGUUUUACACAGAAAUCAGCUCUUGUUACACAUCAGAGACGUCACACAGGUGAGAGGCCGUUUUCCUGUUCUGAGUGUGGGAAAUGUUUCGCAUUUAAAUCAGUUCUUCUUACACAUCAGAGAAGUCAUACAGGUAAAAUGCCGUUUUCCUGUUCUGAGUGUGGGAAAUGUUUUGCAUUUAAAUCAGUUCUUGUUCCACAUCAGAGAAGUCACACAGGUGAGAAGCCGUAUUCCUGUUCUGAGUGUGGGAAAUGUUUUGUACGGAAAUCAGAUCUUGUCACACAUCAGAGAAGUCACACAGGUGAGAGGCCAUAUUCCUGUUCUGAGUGUGGGAAAUGUUUUGCACAGAAAUCAGCUCUUGUUACACAUCAGAGAAGUCACACAGGUGAGAAGCCGUAUUCCUGUUCUGAGUGUGGGAAAUGUUUUGCACAGAAAUCAAAUCUUGUUACACAUCAGAGGAGUCACACAGGUGAGAGGCCAUUUUCAUGCUGUGAGAGAAAUAAAUCCGCUCUUGUUGAACACAUUAGACAUUACCCAAGUACGGAACCAUUUACAUCUUCUGGAGUAUAAUUAUCACUGUCAUGCAAUGUUCCUCAAGGAUGAAUCCUAUCUCCUAUGCUUUAUAAAAUAUACAUGCUACCACUGGGUGAUAUAAUCAGACAUCAUGGCCUGGUCUAUCACUGCUAUGCUGAUUACCUGCUUUUUGCUCCAUGUACUGAGAACCUAAUACCAAUCCUAAAUGGUUGUCUAGCUGAGCGCCAUGGGUGGAUGAUACCAGUUGGCUGUGAUUCAGUCUUUGUGAAACAUAAUAGAAGCUCACCAACAAAGGACAAGACUUUACCAACCAUCUGGAUUUAUGCUUUGGUGCUCAGAAUUGAAAAUACUGAACAUGUGCUGAAUCUUUGUGUUGUCCUGGUAUGUGGCUGACACAUACAUCAGGUAUCUGCCACAUACAAAUCCUCAUUCUUCCAUCUGUGGACCAUAGCCAGAAUCAAGCUCUUGAUUCCCUCAGAAGUUCAUAGACUACUGCAAUGCCAUCUACCUGGGUCACCCAGCAAAAGAAUUACAGAGCUUGCAGCUAGUACAGAAUGCAGCAGCCAAGCUGUUACCUAACCAGCCCGUUCCUGCCACAUAACACCCAUUCUCUGCUCCCUUCACUGGCUGCCUGUAA